CGGUGCGUGGACUUGCAGUCUGGAAUUCCGGUGUCUGCAAGGAUUGUGGUGCCCGUGGGGCUCAGGAUACCAUGAAGGAAACGCCGCUCUCCAACUGCGAGCGCCGCUUCCUUCUCCGCGCCAUCGAGGAGAAGAAGGUAAACGGAGGGACUGCACCCUGCGCGGGUGCUCUGGUCCCACGAGCGGCUGGACGGCAGGCAGACCUACGAUUAUAGGAACAUCAGGAUCUCAUUUGGAACAGAUUAUGGGUGUUGCGUUGUGGAACUUGGGAAGACAAGAGUUCUCGGACAGGUUUCCUGUGAACUUGUUUCUCCAAAGCUCAAUAGAGCAACAGAAGGGAUUCUUUAUUUGAACCUUGAGCUCUCCCAGAUGGCUGCUCCAGCUUUUGAACCUGGCAGGCAGUCUGAUCUCUUGGUGAAAUUGAAUCGACUCUUGGAAAGAUGUCUAAGAAAUUCAAAAUGUAUAGACACUGAAUCGCUCUGUGUCGUUGCUGGUGAGAAGGUUUGGCAGAUCCGUGUUGACCUGCAUUUGUUAAAUCAUGAUGGAAAUAUUAUUGAUGCUGCCAGCAUUGCUGCAAUUGUGGCCUUAUGUCACUUCCGAAGACCUGAUGUCUCAGUCCAAGGAGACGAAGUGACACUGUAUACGCCGGAAGAGCGUGAUCCCGUGCCACUGAGCAUCCACCACAUGCCCAUUUGUGUCAGCUUUGCUUUCUUCCAGCAAGGGAUGUAUUUGUUGGUGGAUCCCAGUGAACGAGAAGAGCGAGUAAUGGAUGGCUUGCUGGUGAUUGCCAUGAACAAGCAUCGAGAGAUUUGUACCAUCCAGUCCAGUGGUGGGAUAAUGCUGCUCAAAGAUCAAGUUUUGAGAUGCAGCAAAAUAGCUGGGGUAAAAGUAGCAGAAAUUACAGAGCUAAUACAAAAGGCUUUGGAGAAUGAUCAGAAAGUUAGGAAAGAAGGUGGAAAGUUUGGCUUUGCAGAGUCUAUAGCAAAUCAGAGGAUCACAGCGUUUACGAUGGAAAAGGCCUCUGUGGAUACCUCAGACGUUGAGGAGAAAGCAGAAGAAAUCAUUGCUGAAGCUGAGCCUCCUUCAGAUGUUAUUUCUAAACCUGUUCUAUGGACUCCUGGAACUGCCCAAAUUGGAGAGGGAAUAGAAAAUGCUUGGGGUGAGCUUGAAGACUCUGAGAAGGACGAUGAGGAUGAAGGUGGCAGUGAUGAAGCUGUCAUUCUUGACAGUGUGAAAAUGGACACUGGAAUCGAAAUUUCUGAUUCUGGAAGCCAAGAUGCCCCUAUAGUGCUCUCAGACAGUGAAGAAGAAGAACUGAUCAUUUUAGAACCAGAACCACACAAGAAUCCAAAGAAAAUAAGAACACAAGCCACCAAUGAGAAACAAGAAAAAGCACCAGGCAAAAGGCCAGUGAAAAAGAGAAAGAAGAAGAGAGCUGCUAAUUAAAGCCAACCUAGUUGAGUAUUUGUAUAUAACUAUUAAAAGGUUAUUUAUUCAGU